AUGUCCACUCCUGCGUCCGGAGUCUACUGCCUGUCGAUAUUUUACUCUAACUGCCUUCAUUUUCGUAGUUAUGAUGGCUCGCGUCAGCUCCCUCCUCUCGUAAAGAAUGGUCAGGUGGCUCCAGUCUACAUCAUCAACCUUUUCAUAUCAGACCUCAUUCAGUUCUGCUGUCUGAUCGCUGGGCAUGCCAAACCUGAGGGAGAGAUGAUAGAGAUCAUUGGUGACCCUAUUUACAGAUGUGGUCUAAUGACUAGUGUUGGCUUCAUGGUGUGUAUUUCACUGGAAAGAUAUUUGGUCAUCGCCCACCCACUGUGGUACCGCUUCAGACGAACCAUCAGGGUCUCUGUGGUGGUCUGUGUUGUAGUCUGGAUCAUGCCUCCCAUCUGUUACCUAGCUUUGGUUGCCUUGGUUACUGAGUUUGUCACACACAUCAUCUUCUCCAUCUUCCUCAUCAUUCCCUUCCCACUGUUCAUUUUCUUCCUGGUUGGGACCCUCAGAGCUCUCUCUACUUCUGUCUCAGUCCCCUCUGAUGAAAAACGGAGAAUCGUGGCAAUCUUAGUCCUGGUGCUGCUGAUUUAUACUCUGCUCUUCUUCCCCAGUAUUAUUUUCUUUACUGCAAAAACAUACAUCAAUGAUGACACUCUACGUUUCCUGUCAACCAUAUUUCUAAGGCUGAGUCCACUUGCAGACUUACUUCUGUAUGUUUUCAUCAAAAAAGAGACCUUCGGGGAGCUUUGGACCUCUGCGUGCUGUUGCAGAAAGGAGAGCAAUGACACCAACAACAUCAACACAAUCAAUCUAGACCACAUGUAG